CAGUAUGUAAAUUACCAAUUUUAUGCUAAAAUGUUUCUAUAUUACGCAAAAUUAAGUCUAACAAAUCUUCAGUAGGAAUAGUUGAAGAAGGAAGCAUUUGGCUAACAUAGUUAUGUUAUAGAUAAACCAAUGAUUUCUGAGUGUAACCCUCUCAACUAAAUAUCAUGUAGAAGAAGAUGUAGUAAUCAUCAUGUCUUUCAAGGGCAGAAUCUAUUAAUUAAUUAUUAUGUGAGAUCCACUUUGGACAAACAUAAGUUAGUGGAAAUUGACAUGUUGGAGGCCCAGUACACUUUCAGCUAUAGACUAUAUCUAUUCUCUCCAUGCAGGUCCCUUGCAUUAGGCCAGCAAUAUACAUCCCUGGGCUCUCAGCCAAUUCUCUGUGGUUCAAUUCCUGGCUUAGUGCCUAAGCAACUUCGUUUCUGCCGAAACUACAUUGAGAUCAUGCCCAGUGUGGCGGAAGGUGUGAAGCUGGGAAUUCAAGAGUGCCAACAUCAGUUCCGGGGGAGACGCUGGAAUUGCACCACCAUUGAUGACAGCUUGGCUAUUUUUGGGCCUGUUCUAGAUAAAGCCACACGAGAAUCAGCUUUUGUGCAUGCCAUUGCCUCUGCUGGUGUGGCAUUUGCUGUCACACGGUCAUGUGCUGAGGGUACUUCCACCAUUUGUGGCUGUGACUCACACCAUAAGGGACCACCUGGUGAAGGAUGGAAAUGGGGAGGCUGCAGUGAAGAUGCUGACUUCGGGGUACUUGUCUCACGAGAGUUUGCAGAUGCCCGAGAAAACCGUCCAGAUGCUCGCUCUGCCAUGAACAGGCACAAUAAUGAAGCUGGAAGAACAACUAUCUUGGACCACAUGCAUUUAAAAUGCAAAUGCCAUGGCUUGUCUGGCAGCUGUGAAGUUAAAACAUGCUGGUGGGCCCAGCCAGACUUUCGGGCUAUUGGUGACUACUUGAAGGACAAGUAUGACAGUGCUUCGGAGAUGGUGGUAGAAAAGCAUCGGGAAUCCCGUGGUUGGGUGGAGACACUGCGUGCCAAGUAUGCCCUCUUUAAACCACCAACAGAACAUGACUUGGUCUAUUAUGAGAACUCACCCAAUUUCUGUGAACCCAACCCUGAGACUGGGUCAUUUGGUACAAGGGACAGGAUGUGCAAUGUGACUUCACAUGGGAUUGAUGGGUGUGAUUUGCUCUGCUGUGGCCGUGGCCAUAACACUAGAACAGAGAAAAGGAAAGAGAAAUGCCAUUGCAUUUUCCACUGGUGCUGUUAUGUCAGCUGCCAGGAAUGCAUUCGUGUUUAUGAUGUUCAUACCUGCAAAUAAGAAAAGGUUGCAUUAUGGCGGCUGCGGUGACCUCUGAAGUUCCUGAGGUAGUGUUCCCAAUAUUUAAAGAUUGUUUGUUUUGCACAUAUGAGAAUAUAUUUGUUUAAAAAGGAGCAAAAAUGUUUAAUGUGGCACUCACUGUAACUAUUCAUGGUGGUAAAUGAUGUUAAAAAUUCACAGGAGUAAGAGCUAGGCUCAAAAAUAUGUGAAAGGAAGAAUAUCAAAUGAUAGCAGGCAAUUCUUCCUAAACUCUUCAUCAAGUGCAGUUAUUUUAUGAAUAAUUUAAUGUGAAUCUUCCUUCCAUUUCCAAAUACAUAGCCCUAUAAUCAAGUUUUUUAAAUCUGUAACAUAGCUUGGAUUUUGGAGUUGAAAUAUUAGAGUGACAGCAUUUCAUUUUUUUUUCAAUUGACCAAGCUUUUGCUUAGUACAACUUUUAGUCCUUUGAUUAACAGUGAUCCAUCAUACAGAAAAACACAUUAUGUUUAAUAUGCACAAACACACAUGCGUACCCAUACAUCUUUAAAUAUUAGUGUCCCAGAAUACAUAGAGACUAGAAGAAGGGAAAGUGAGACUCCGAAAUAUCAGCAGCCAGCUCCUUCUUCAAAAUCCAAAUUUCUAUCUAAACCUGCUUGGGACUGCUGAGUUAAACUGAAUUAAUAGAAGAAAGAGUUAUGAUUGGCAACCAAUCCAUGGGGCAUGUUCUUUUUGUUCUGUUUUAACCAACAAAGUUAAUUAUUGUUCUUGCUUCUCCCUCCAAUGAUUCAAGUGAGCAAUUCUCUCUCCUCAUUCAAGCACCAAGUAUUCGUCUCAAAAUGUCAUGGUUCCUGGAGAACAUCGAACAUACUCAGACAAUGUUGAUACUGCUUACCUUUAUUUAUAAACCUACAUGUUUCUGGAUACCUAGAGGACACUACCAACUAUCUUGUUCUGGGGUGUUCUAAUUCCUUUACAUAGAGACAAUGAGACUUUCUAAGUUAGCUUUCUACCCCUCCUAUAAAUACUCUUUUUUUCCAACUGAAUGGAUUUAAGUGCUGCCUGCUAACUUCAGGACACAUUUUUCUUAAAAUUAUUAAAAUUUCAGGGAGAGCAUUAUUUAAGUUUUCUAUUAUUUUGAUCUUUCUCACACACAGUUUUGCUUCUGACUCCUUCCAAAAUAUUGCAGUGGUACCACUAAGUCAACCCAUCUAAAGUUGAACCAAUUAUUUGAACUCUACUGAAAAAUUAAGGAUGAUUGUUACUAAUAAGGAUAGAUUUUAUACUUACAAAGUGUUCCAAAGUAUUUGAGAUAUGUAAUUAGCAUCUGCUUUAUCUUACAGUUUCUUUCCUUCUGGUCCAAACUAAUAUAGAUCCUGGCUUCAUUGGAAUUUGCCAUUUGCACCCCUUGUGCAUAAUGCUGUUUUCUUAAGCCUUCUCAAAGUGUCCCACUUUGUAUCCCAGAGGUGUGAGAAUUUAAUUCCAAAUGAAAAAUUUGGAAUGGAUUAGAACUGUUUAUUUUUUUGAAAUAGCACAUAUUGUGCAUAAAAGAUGGUCUAACUCAGUGAUGGCGAACCUUUUAGAGACUGAGUGCCCAAACUGCAACCCAAAACCCACUUAUGCAUCGAGUGCCAGGUGGGCGUGGCUGCAGUGGUAAUGGCAGACUGGGUAGGACUAAA